AUGGCAGCACUGACUCACCGACAAAUUUUAACUGUUUUAAAAGGCAAAGUUAAAUUGUCUGUUUGUUAUAGAGUAUUACAUCGUUCAUGUUUUAGUCAGAAUUUAAAAUUGCCUAAAAAGGUCCCAUCUGGCAAACCGAAAAUAUUACAGAUUAAACACAAGCUUUCUCGAGAAUAA